AAAUAUGUUAUCUAAUUUAGCAGCAAGGAGAGUUAGAGUCUUGCAGACCACUUUUGUUAGAGCAUUCUCAGGCAAUGCUAUCUUGAAGGACUUUGCUACAGUAGAUCCAGUUAAUCUAAGCGCAAGCUCUAAACUUCAGAACUUGUGUAAUGGAGAAUGGGUAGGAACUAAGAGCUGGAAGAACCUUAUUGACCCACUGGAUGGGAAAAUCAUUGGGAAAAUUCCAAAUCCAACCCAGAAGAAUGGCGAACUCAAGCCAUUUAUCGAUUCUUUGCUGUCAUGUCCUAAAUCAGGCUUACACAACCCGAUCCAAAAUCCUGAAAGAUAUCUUCUGUACGGGGAGGUUUGUAAAAAGGCAGCUAAUCUGUUGGACGAUCCAAAGAUAAGUGAUUUCUUCUGCACCCUAAUGCAGAGAGUUGUUCCUAAGUCAUACGCGCAAUGCUAUGGAGAGCUUGAGGUUACCAAGAAAUUUCUAGAGAACUUCUCGGGAGAUAACGUCAGAUUUUUGGCAAGAUCAUUUGCGAAUCCAGGAGACCAUACAGGUCAAAUGAGUCAAGGAUUCAGGUGGCCAUAUGGUCCAACCGCAUUGGUAGCACCAUUUAACUUCCCUAUUGAAAUUCCAGUCCUCCAAAUGAUGGGAUCUCUGUUCAUGGGAAACAAGGUUCUCGUUAAAGUUGAUUCAAAAGUUUCCAUUGCUAUUGAGCAAUUUAUUAGAAUGCUUCAUCACUGUGGUAUGCCAAAGACUGAUCUAGAUUUGAUCCAUUGUGAACCAAAGCCAAUGGAAUCUAUUCUUAGGAGGAGCAAGCCAAGACUUAUCCAGUUCACAGGCUCAUCUACCGUCGCUGAAAGACUUAGCAAGCUUUUCAAUGGCAAAGUCAAGAUUGAGGAUGCAGGAUUCGACUGGAAAAUCUUGGGCCCAGAUGUAGGUGAUGUUGACUAUGUUGCUUGGCAAUGAGAUCAAGAUGCUUAUGCUGCUACAGGACAAAAGUGUUCCGCUCAAUCCAUCCUAUUCGUUCAUACCAACUGGCAUAAGGCAGGGCUUCUUGAGAAGAUGGAAGCUCAGGUUGCUAGGAGAAGCUUGAAAGAUCUCACAAUUGGUCCAGUCAUGACUUGGACUAAUGCUCAAAUUGAAGAGCAUAUUUCUAAACUUCUCGAGUUAGAUGGAGCUAAAGUUCUUUGGGGAGGAAAGAAGCUAACCGGACAUUCUAUUCCUGCUGUAUACGGAAGUUUCGAGCCAACCGCCAUUUAUGUGCCAAUCAAGCACUUCACUACAAAGAAAAAGAUCGCAUUGAUUUGCACUGAAGUAUUUGGUCCUCUACAGGUUAUCACUGAUUACAAGUUGAAUAGUCUUCAAAGAGUAAUGAAUACUCUUGAUGAGAUUGAGCAUAACCUUACAGCUGCCGUAGUGUCAAAUGAUACCGAUUUUAUUAAUGAAGUGCUCGGAAGCACAAUCAAUGGAACUACAUAUGCUGGAAGAAGAGCAAGAACUACUGGAGCUCCUCAAAAUCACUGGUUCGGACCCUGUGGAGACCCAAGAGGUGCAGGAAUUGGUACACCUGAAGCAAUCAGGCAUGUAUGGUCUUCCCAUAGAGAGAUUAUCUGGGAUAUGGGACCAGUUCCAGCUGAAUGGGAAUCAGGUACUCUUCCUAAGCCAACAUAAGAAAUCACAAAUUUCAAAUCUAGA